AUGGCUCCCAACAGGAUUCUCAAGCACUUCAACCGCACUUUGGGUGCCGCGUUUACUGUUGUAGCCAUCUCGACAUUCAACUACGGUUUCGACAAUGCGGGCUACUCAACAACUCAGGCAAUGGACGCGUUCCAGCAGCAGUUCGGCGACCAAGAUCCGGUCACUGGGAAGUGGAAGAUCCCGUCAUCUUGGUUGGCUCUGUUCAACUCCUUGAACUACAUCGGAUUUGCAGCCGGUGUUAUUCUUGGUAGUCUUGUCAGUGCUCGCUGGGGUCGCCGAUGGUGUAUGUUCGGAAUGAGUGCUUGGGCAGUGAUUCCUGCGACAAUUGCCCUGACCUCUCGUACGCGAGAGCAGAUUAUGGCUGCGCGUAUUCUCAACUACAUCUACGUUGGCAUGGAGCUUUCCGUCAUCCCCGUCUUUCAGUCCGAGAUUGUGCCCUCCGAGAUUCGAGGCUUUGCCGUUGGUUCGUAUCAGUUCAGUCUGAUGUUCGGUACGUUGAUCGUCAACUCUGUCUGCAGAGGCACAAGUACCUUGGAAGGUAAUUCGUCGUGGAGAAUCCCGAUGGGUCUAUUCUACGUCAUUCCUGUCAUCGUCAUGUGCCUGAUAUUCUUCAUUCCCGAGUCACCAAGGUGGCUUCUCAUGCAGGAUAGGAUCGAGGAAGCCAAAACGUCGCUCAAGAAACUUCGAGCCGGUACGAUCUCCGACGCCGAAAUCGACGAACAGUUCGCAGCCCUUCAAUACGCCCUGAAACAAGAAGUUGAGCAAGGUAAAUACAUGGAGUUGUUUAAGGGGGUAAAUCUGAAGAGAACAGCCGUGGUUAUGGUUAUGAACUUCUUGCAACAAGCGACUGGUCAGGCUUUCGCCAGCACCUACGGAGCAAUCUUCAUCAAAGACAUUGGAACUGUCAAUCCCUUUACGAUGACCAUUGUCAAUGCCAUAGUCAACUUGGUAAUGGUCUUCGUCGGCCUCUACCUCAACGACCGCGUAGGACGACGACCUCUUCUUAUGAUAGGCGCCGUUUGGCAGUUCGCGGCGAUCGUGACCAUGGGUUCCCUUGGCACCGUAUCAGACCCCUCAUUCGCCGUUAAGACGAGCAUCGUGGCUAUGCUCACCGUCUUUGCUGCGGGUUACGUUUUUGCCUGGGCGCCCCUGAACUAUGUCAUCACGACUGAGAUCCCUGCCCUCCGACUCCGAGAUGCAUCUCAACGAACGGCCUCCAUGGUCAAUGUUUUGGCCAACUUCCUCGUCAACUUCAGCAUACCAUACCUCCUGUACACUCCAGGCGCCGGACUCGGCUCGAAAGUGGGCUUCAUAUUCGCGGGUAUGCUAGUUCUUGCAUUCGUAUUCACGUGGUUCUGCAUACCGGAGUGCAAGGGCAAGUCUUUGGAGCAAAUCGAUCGCAUGUUUAACGAGGGGGUUCCGCUGCGCAAAUUUGGCAACUACAAGCCGGAGGAUAUGUUUCAGGCGGAUGUGGAAGAUGGCGAGAAGGCCGGCGUGAUUGUUACGGCGCGGCACGAGGAGAAGGCGUAA